GAAUUACGUCAGUUUUGCUUUACGGCCGUAUCACGGACCUCCUGUUUAAAAAUCGCAGCAUUGUAAUUUGUUUAUAAAUUUGCAUCCCGAUAAAGUGCAUUAGGUAUAAUUAAAACGAGAUGGGAGUAGCGGAUGAAACAGACAGGACUCUCUUUGUUGGAAAUUUAGAUCCAAAAGUGACGGAGGAACUUUUAUUCGAGCUAUUUUUACAGGCAGGACCUCUGUUCAAAGUGAAAAUCCCUAAAGACAAUGAUGGAAAACAGAAAGCGUUUGGAUUUGUCUGUUUCAAACAUGAGGUGUCCGUACCCUAUGGCAUGAACCUGCUCAAUGGGGAAACUCUAUUUGGAAGGACUCUCAAAGUACAGUUUAGAGCAGGAAGCAGUCACAUUAACAGUCCAGGGCACUCUCAGAAUCAAAGCCCUGUGAAUACUCCCAAUCCACAUGGGGCUGCGGGCAGGUUUGACAAGAGCCCAGACCAGAUGGGCUCCCCAUCAUUUUCACCCUCUCAGCACAUCCAGAGGUCCUUCUCCUCUCCUGAUAGUCUGCAGAGACAGGCCUUGAUGAACAACAUGUGGCAGCUCCAGAUGCAGCAGCUCCAGGGGGUGAAUGGAUGCUUCCCAGCUGGUCUUCUGGGGCAGCCACCACCACAACAGCUACAGCCACAGAGUGGUGGAGGUGGUGGGUCCUGGCAACUGGACAGCUCCUCACAGCGAGGCAACAGGCAGGGGUACCAGCAGGACAGCAGCAGCCACUACGGCAGGGACCAGCGGUACCCAGGAGACUCUGAUGACACCGGCUCCAACCGCCACCACCGCAGCCAGCGAGAUGACCAGCGAGGUGAACACUAUAACCAUGACGACAGGAGUGGGAGCAGCGGAGGCAACCGUAGCAGAGAUGACAGGUGGAGGGACGGCUCCAGAGAUGGCCGGUGGAGACGAUACUGAAGCACUAUGGGAAUUUAAGAACAGAAUUGUGAAUAUUUUUCACUUUUUUUAAAGGACAUUUGAGUAUUUUACAGAUUUGUCACAUACUCAGUGUAAAUCCUAAUCAAAACAGAAUUAUGAAUUUAUAUUGAGAGAAACAUUUUCAUGCUUGAAAUGCAUUUUUAUUUUUUACAAUUGGUUAGUCAUGUUUAGGAUGAUAUUUAAAUGCACUGGACUGUGUCCAAGUAAACAAAAUAUUGAUUGGUUAUUUUAAAUUUACUUGUGAGGUUUUCCACAAUUGUUUUAUUGUGAUUAUUUUUUUUUUAAAUAGAUGAAAUAGAUUUUUAUACCGUCCCCUGAGGAAUUGUUAAAUCAUUCUACCCUAGUAGUUAUAGCUUUUUGAAGGCAAGGUUUGUUUGAAAAGAUUUGCUGUGUUUGUCAAGUAUUGGUAUUGUUGUGAACAAUUCCUUUCAUACAAGGUAUGGUGCUCAACUGUUUUUAGUGGGAAAUUGCUCAGGUAUUUAGUAAAAAAAAAAAUUUGGGAAUUA